AUGGGCGCCAGGAGUGGGAGCCGGGUGCUGCUGUGGGCCCUCACGGCCCUGCUCGUGGUGGGGCCCGCAGGGACCCAGGGCCAGGCAGAGCCGAGUCCGGGGGACCCGGAGCCCACCGCAGACAGCCGGCUAGUGAGCACCCACCCCACGUCCUCGCCCGCCCGCCGCCUGAGCUUCAUCCCACCCAUGAGCAUCUUCCCCAUGAGCCCCCUGAACCCCACGCACAACGGGCGGGUGUGCAGCACCUGGGGCGACUUCCACUACAAGACCUUCGACGGCCGCGUCUUCCGCUUCCCCGGCCUCUGCAACUACGUGUUCUCCGCGCACUGCGGCGCCGCCUACGAGGACUUCAACGUCCAGCUGCGCCGCGGCCUGGCGGGGCCCCGGCCGGCCAUCGCCCGCGUGGUGCUCAAGGCCCAGGGGCUGGUGCUGGAGCUGUGGAACGACUCCGUCAUGGUGGAUGGGCACCGGGUGGAGCUGCCCUACAGCCGCGCCGGCCUCCUGGUGGAGCAGAGCAGCAGCUACGUCAAGGUCAACAUCCGGCUGACCUUGACCUUUGUGUGGAACGGAGAAGACAGUGCCCUGCUGGAACUGGACCCCAAGUAUAUGAACCAGACCUGUGGGCUCUGCGGGGACUUCAACGGGCUCCCGGAUGCCAAUGAGUUCUACGGCCACAACGUCAGACUGACCCCGCUCCAGUUUGGGAACCUACAGAAGAUGGAUGGUCCCACGGAGCAGUGCCAGGACCCCCUGCCCUCCGCCGCUGACAACUGCACCCACGGGAAGGACAUCUGCCGCUAUACGCUGCUCGGCCCCGCCUUCAUGGACUGCAACGCGCGGGUGGACCCCAGCGUGUACGUGAAAGCCUGCAUGCAGGACCUGUGCCGCUGCCCCACGUGCCUGUGCGCCACCUUUGCCGAGUACUCCCGCCAGUGCGCCCACGCGGGGGGCCAGCCGCAGAACUGGAGGGAGCCCGACCUCUGCCCCCAGACGUGCCCCUUCAACAUGCAGCACCAGGAGUGUGGCUCGCCCUGCAUGGACACCUGCUCCAACCCCCAGCGCUCCCAGCUCUGCGAGGACCACUGCGUGGAUGGCUGCCUCUGCCCUCCAGGCACGGUGCUGGACGACGUCACGCACUCGGGCUGCCUGCCCCUGAAGCAGUGUCACUGCACCCACGGGGGCCGCACCUACGCCCCCGGCUCCUCCUUCUCCACCAGCUGCAGAUCCUGCACCUGCUCCGGGGGCCUGUGGCAGUGCCAGGACCUGCCGUGCCCGGGCACCUGCUCCGUGCAGGGCGGAUCCCACAUCUCCACCUUCGACGAGAAGCUCUACGACGUGCACGGCGACUGCAACUACAUUCUGUCCAAGAAAUGUGCCGGCAACACCUUCAUCGUGCUGGCCGAGCUGCGCAAGUGCGGCCUGACGGACACGGAGAAUUGCCUGAAGACGGUGACGCUGAGCAUGCACGGCGGGGACACGGCCAUCCAGAUCCAGGCCAGUGGGGCCGUGUUCAUCAACUCCAUCUACACCCAGCUGCCGCUGUCCGCAGCCGACAUCACCAUCUUCAGCCCCUCGUCCUUCUUCAUCCUGGUGCAGACACAGCUCGGGCUGCAGCUGGAGGUGCAGCUUGUGCCCCUCAUGCAGGUGUUCCUCAGGCUGGACCCCUCCCACCAAGGCCAGAUGUGCGGCCUGUGCGGGAACUUCAACCUGAACCAGGCCGACGACUUCACGGCCCUCAGCGGGGUGGUGGAGGGCACCGGGGCCGCCUUCGCCAACACCUGGAAGACCCAGGCCACCUGCCCCAACUCCAAGAGCAUCUUCGAAGACCCCUGCUCGCUCAGCGUGGAGAAUGAAAACUACGCCCAGCACUGGUGCUCGCUGCUGACGGACCCCGCAGGCGUGUUCUCGGCCUGCCACUCCACCGUGAGCCCCGUGCCCUUCCACUCGAACUGCGUGUUCGACACGUGCAACUGCGAGAAGAGCGAGGACUGCAUGUGCGCGGCCCUGUCCUCCUACGUGCGCGCGUGCGCGGCCCAGGGCGUGCCGCUCAGCGGCUGGCGGGAGGGCGUCUGCACCAAGUACACGGAGAGCUGCCCCAAGUCCCAGAGCUACGCGUACUGGGUGGACGGCUGCCAGCCCACCUGCCGCGGGCUGAGCGAGGCGGACGUCACCUGCGGCGUCUCCUUCGUGCCCGUGGACGGCUGCGCGUGCCCCGCGGGCACCUUCCUGGACGACGGUGGCUCCUGCGUGCCCGCCCGGGAGUGCCCCUGCUACUUCCAAGGCGCCGCGGUGGCUCCCGGAGAGGUGGUGCGGGACAACGGCGUGGUGUGCUCGUGCACGAGUGGGAAGCUGGUCUGCCUGGGAGCCACACUGCAGAAUAACACAGGCUGCGUCGCACCCAUGGUGUACCUGGACUGCAGCAACGCCUCGGCGGGCACCCCCGGGGCCGAGUGCCUCCGGAGCUGCCACACCCUGGACGUGGGCUGCUUCAGCACGCACUGCGUCUCGGGCUGUGUGUGCCCCCCGGGGCUGGUGGCAGAUGGGCGUGGGGGCUGCAUUGCCGAGGAAGACUGCCCGUGUGUGCACAACGAGGCCACGUACAAACGCGGGGAGGCCAUCCGGGUGGACUGCAACACCUGCACCUGCAGCGACCGGCGAUGGGUGUGCACCAACCGCCCCUGCCUGGGCUCCUGCGUGGCCUACGGGGACGGCCACUUCAUCACCUUCGACGGGGAGCGCUACAGCUUCCAGGGCAGCUGCGAGUACGUGCUGGCCCAGGACUACUGCGGGGGGGGCAGCGCCAACGGGACCUUCCGCGUGGUCACGGAGAACGUCCCCUGCGGGACCACAGGGACCACCUGCUCCAAAGCCAUCAAGGUCUUCCUGGAGAGCCACGAGCUGCUCCUCCACGAGAAGCGGGUCCAGGUGGUACACAGGGGGCAGGGCCGGACCCCGCCCUACAAGAUCCGCUACAUGGGCAUCUUCCUGGUCAUUGAGAUGCGCAGCGGGAUGGUUGUGUCCUGGGACCGCAAGACCAGCGUGUUCAUCCGCCUGCCGCAGCAUUACAAGGGCCGGGUCUGCGGCCUGUGCGGGAACUUUGACGCCAACGCCAUCAACGACUUCACCACGCGGAGCCGGUCCGUGGUGGGGGACGCUCUGGAGUUUGGCAACAGCUGGAAGUUCUCCCCGUCCUGCCCCGAUGCCCUGGUACCCAAGGACCCCUGCACUGCCAACCCUUACCGCAAGUCCUGGGCCCAGAAGCAGUGCAGCAUCAUCAACAGCGAGACCUUCGCGGCCUGCCACCCCCAGGUCGACUCCACCAAGUACUAUGAGGCCUGCGUGAGCGACACCUGCGCCUGCGACUCGGGGGGCGACUGCGAGUGUUUCUGCACCGCCGUGGCGGCCUACGCCCAGGCCUGCCACGACGUGGGCGUGUGCGUGUCCUGGAGGACGCCCGACGUCUGCCCUCUGUUCUGCGACUACUACAACCCCCACGGGGAAUGUGAAUGGCACUACCCCUGCGGGGCCCCCUGCCUGAAGACCUGCCGGAACCCCAGUGGCCGCUGCCUGGUUGACCUGCCCGGCAUGGAAGGUUGCUACCCCAAGUGCCCGAGAGGCCAGCCCUUCUUCAGCGAGGACCAGAUGAAGUGUGUGGUCCAGUGCGGCUGCUACGAUGACGUGGGGACGUACUAUGACGUCGACGCGCGGGUCCCCACCGCGGAGAACUGUCAGACCCUGUGCACCUCGGCCGGCCUCCAGUGCGCUUACGAUCUCGGCCGGUGCCCGCUGCCCCCAGCCUGCCGGUGCACCUACGGGAACCGCACCUACGCCUACGAGGCCACCAUCUACAACACCACGGACGGCCUCGGCGCCUGCCUGACGGCCACCUGCGGGGAAAACGGGACGAUCAUCCGGAGGACCGCGGAGUGUCCCGGCACGCUGCCCACCACCCCGUUCGCCUUCACUACCGUCUCAGCCCCUCCCUCCACCACAGGCUCGGCGUGGACUCCGCCGUCCACCGUGUGCGUCCGAAAGGUGUGCCGCUGGUCCAGCUGGCUGGACGGGGGUCGCCCCGGAGGCCGGCACGGUGGGGGGGACUUCGAAACCUUGGCGAGCCUGAGGCAGCGCGGGCACGCGGUGUGCCAGGCCCCCGCCGACAUCGAGUGCCGCGCGGCGCGGUUCCCCGACGUGCCGCUGCAGAAGCUGGGUCAGAAGGUGACCUGCGACCCGGCCCGGGGGCUGCUGUGCCUCAACGGCGAGCAGAGCCCCCCCGCUGCCCACAACUACGAGCUGCGGGUGCUGUGCUGCGACCUCGUGCCGUGCGGGCCCUCCCGGCCCCCCUCGAGGUCCGCCCUCACCGCGGGCCCCGGCCGCCCCCACGCCUCCCCGUCCAGGCCCCCGUCGACCACAGCCGUCCCAGAGACCGCGCUCAGCUCCCGGCCACGACCCGCGGUCGGCGGCACCGCGACCUCGGGCGCCGCCGCCUGCCGGCCCCGCUGUCAGUGGACGAGAUGGUUUGACACCGAUUACCCCAAAUCCGAGCUUGCGGGGGGAGACACGGAGACGUUCGACAGGAUCCGGGCCACGGGGGCCGAGCUCUGCGAGCAGCCACGGGACGUCCAGUGCGAGGCCCAGAACUACCCCGGCUGGAGCCUGGACAGGCUGGGCCAGCGGGUGCACUGCGACGCCGCCUCCGGCCUGGUGUGCCGCAACCAGGAGCAGGAGGGCCCCUUCCCCAUGUGCUACAACUACAUGAUCCGCGUGCUGUGCUGCAGUCUCAGCCACUGCCAGGGCCCCGCCCCCACGCCGCCAGCCACGGCGCCCCACACCCCCGCCCCCCAAAGCCGCAGCCCACGAGGGCCCCCGUGGCCAGCACCUCCCCGGGAGCCACCGGCACCUCGCCAACGUCUCCCGGACACCCAGAGGCCACUACCGCCACCCCACAGAGAGUUCCCCAGCUCCUCCGGGUUCCACCAAGACCGCCACCCCCAAGAGCGGGCACAUCGGCCCUCCCCACGAGGACGGUCACAGAGAGUUCCCCAGCUCCUCCGGGUUCCACCAAGACCCGCCACCCCAAGAGCGGGCACAUCGGCCCUCCCCACGAGGACAGUCACAGAGAGUUCCCCAGCUCCUCCGGGUUCCACCAAGACUGCCACCACACGAGGGGGCACAUCGGCCCUCCCCACCAGGACGGUCACAGAGAGUUCCCCAGCUCCUCCGGGUUCCACCAAGACUGCCACCCCCAAGAGCGGGCACAUCGGCCCUCCCCACGAGGACGGUCACAGAGAGUUCCCCAGCUCCUCCGGGUUCCACCAAGACUGCCACCCCAAGAGGGGGCACAUCGGCCCUCCCCACGAGGACGGUGCUGCCCAAGGCCACGGGGAGCGCCCCGCCGCCAUCCACACUGGCCUCCACAACAGCGCCCGUGUCCACGGCCAGCUCCACGAGAGGGGGACACGGCGGCGCCUGAGACCAGCAGACCAGGGACACGGAGGCCACCGGGCACCACAGCCCCGGUCACCUCCCGCCAAGGCCACAACCCCCUGCCUGCCCAGGUGCACCUGGACCGAAUGGUUUGAUGUGGACUUCCCGACCUCCGGGGUGAGAGCGGGGGACAUGGAGACCUACGAAAACAUCAGGGCCGCGGGCGGCAAGCUGUGCCCGGCACCACAGGAGAUAGAGUGUCGGGCCGAGAACUACCCCGCGGUGAGCAUCGACAGCAUCGGGCAGGUGCUGAGCUGCAGCCUGCAGGAGGGGCUGGUCUGCAGGAACAAGGACCAGACGGGAGAGUUCAACAUGUGCUUCAACUACAACGUGCGCGUGCUGUGCUGCGAGGACUACAGCCACUGCCCCGGCUCGGCCACCCCCCGCCACCCCCGGACCCUCCCCACCACAGGAAAAAAGCCCACGGCCUGCAAGCCUCGGUGUGCCUGGACAGACUGGCUGGACACAAGCAAGCCCAGCGGCCGCUUUGGGGGUGACAUCGAAACCUACUACCACAUCAUGUCCUCGGGGGUGCAGCUGUGUAGGAAGCCGGUGGCCAUCGAGUGUGAAUCCGUGCUCUUCCCCCACACGCCCCUCCGGCAGCUCGGCCAGGUGGUGCUCUGCAAUGCCGACUACGGGCUCAUCUGCCGGAACAGCAAGCAGGCGGGAGGCCAGACCUGCCUCAACUACCACAUCCGUGUGCUCUGCUGUGAAAACCCCAGGCCCUGCAGCACGCCGCCCACGGCCGGCACCGCCCACGGACCGCGGGGCUUCCACGGUGCCGGGGCCCGCCACCUCAGGGAGGCCAAGCCCCGGGACUCAGACCGCAACCUCCAAGACCGCCCGGCCCAGCACGCCCCCCGACGGCAGGAUCCACUCACCCACCCCCCACCGCUGAACACCAGGACCACCUCACCCACAGACACUGGAUCCACUGCAACCCACUCCUCCACCACAGGAUCCACUCACCCACCCCCACCGCUGAACACCAGGACCACCUCACCCACAGACACUGGAUCCACUGCAACCCACCUCCUCCACAACAGGAUCCACUCACCCACCCCCACCACUGACCACCAGGACCACCUCACCCACAGACACUGGAUCCACUGCAACCCACUCCUCCACAACAGGAUCCACUCACCCACCCCCACCGCUGAACACCAGGACCACCUCACCCACAUAUACUGGAUCCACUGCAACCCACUCCUCCACAACAGGAUCCACUCACCCACCCCCACCGCUGACCACCAGGGCCACCUCACCCACAUAUACUGGAUCCACUGCAACCCACUCCUCCACAACAGAUCCACUCACCCACCCCCACCGCUGACCACCAGGACCCACCUCACCCACAGACACUGGAUCCACUGCAACCCACUCCUCCACCACAGGAUCCACUCACCCACCCCCACCGCUGACCACCAGGACCACCUCACCCACAGGCACUGGAUCCACUGCAACCCACUCCUCACCACAGGAUCCACUCACCCACCCCCACCGCUGACCACCAGGACCACGACCACGUUACCCACAGACACUGGAUCCACUGCAACCCACUCCUCCACAACAGGAUCCACUCACCCACCCCCACCGCUGACCACCAGGACCACGUUACCCACAUAUACUGGAUCCACUGCAACCCACUCCUCCACAACAGGAUCCACUCACCCACCCCCACCGCUGACCACCAGGACCACCUCACCCACAUAUACUAGAUCCACUGCAACCCACUCCUCCACAACAACAACCCACUCACCCACCCCCACCGCUGAACACCAGGACCACCUCACCCACAUAUACUGGAUCCACAAUCCACUCCUCUACAACAGGAUCCACUCACCCACCCCCACCGCUGACCACCAGGACCACCUCCCAAAGGAUCUCACUGUCUACCCCCAAUCCCCACUCUGGACCCAGUACCCAACAUCCCUCAGCCAUAGUCACCAGCACUACCCAGGUCACAAGACCACCCAUGUCCACUUCUCAGGCCACAUCCAAGCCCUCCAGCAGCACCACCGUCACAGACGCCUAGAUUCGCCUUGGACAUUGUCCAUGCUGUCCAUUGGCUCCACACUGACCCCCGGGCCCUCAGCAGCCAGGACCACCGCGUGCAGGCCCCGGUGUACCUGGACGGACUGGCUAGAUGAGGACUACCCCCACCCUGGUGCGAAUGGGGGAGACUUUGAGACAUUCCCAGUGCUCCGCAUGGCUGGCCACGACUUCUGUGAACACCCGCAGGACAUCCAGUGUCGCUCUGAGCAGGAGCCGGACCGACCCCUGCAGGCCCUGGACCAGGUGGUGACGUGCGACGUGCGCCUGGGGCUGGUGUGCAGAAACCUGGACCAGCGGGGGCCCCUGAAGUACUGCCACAACUACCACGUGCGCGUGCUGUGCUGUGCUAACCGCAGCCAGUGGUCCACCCACACGGCCCCAGGGCCGGGCCACCAGGACCGCCUCGCCUCCAUCCACCGGCUCAGCUGUCAGCCCCCCGUUGACUCUGAGGACCACACACGCCCCGGGGGCUUCUCCCCAGAGCCCGCUGACCUUCAGUGUGUCUACCGCCGCUCCCCUCGGGCAUCAGCACCCCUCAAGUCCACCGCAGUUUCCAAUCUACCUUGUUUCUGCCAUAUAUUUGGACAGCUGUUCUCGCCCGGGGACAUCAUCUACAAUAAGACGGACGGAGCCGGCUGCCGCUUCUAUGCGGUCUGCAACCAGCGCUGCGCCAUCGACCGCUACCAGGACGCCUGCCCCUCCUCCUCACCACCGGCGUCCAUCAAGCCCACGCUCCCGCUCAACUCCUUCCCGGGCUGCGACAAUGCCGUCCCUCCUCGGCAGGUGAACGAGACCUGGACCCUGGACAACUGCACAGUGGCCAAGUGCGAGGGCCACAACCAGGUCAUCCUCCUGAAACCAGAGCCGGUGGCCAACGUCAGCUGUGUGAAUGAGCACCUGCCCGUCAAAGUGUGGGACCAGGACCAGCCCUGCCGCUUCCACUAUGAAUGCGAGUGCUCCUGCAGCGGCUGGGGGCAGUCCCACUACAGGACCUUCGACGGCACCACCUACUCCUUCCGGGACAACUGCACCUACGUCCUCAUGCGAGAGAUCCGCCCGCGGCAGGGCAACCUCAGCGUCCUCAUCCACAACCGCUACUGCGGGGCGGCCGCCAACGGCAGCUGCGCCCGGGCCCUGCAGGUGAACCUGGCCUCCGUGGAGAUCAUCCUCACCACCACCGCCGCCGCCGGCGGGAAGGAGGAGAGCCUGAUCCUGUUCGACCGAGUGAAGCUGAGCGGCAGCUUCAGCAAGGACGGCGUGAGCGUGUCGCUGACCGGGGCCACCACGAUGGGCGUGGACAUUCCCGCCAUCGGCGCCGCCAUCACCUUUGACGGCCGCAUCUUCCACAUCCGGCUGGCCUACGGCCGCUUCCACCACAACACCGAGGGCCAGUGCGGAACCUGCACCAAUGACCGGAGGGACGACUGCCGCCGCCCGGACGGCACCAUGGCCGCCACCUGCCGGGACAUGGCCCCGACCUGGCAGCUGCCCGGAGGCAGUCUCGACUGCCCCAGCGGCGGCCCCACGCCCGCCCCGUCCGGCGCGGUCACCUCCACCCAGUGCCCCCUCAAGCCCCUCUGCGAGGUGCUGCAGAGCCGGGUCUUCGCCGAGUGCCACGGCCUCAUCCCACCCAGCGUCUUCCUUAACUUCUGCGUGCGUGAGAUCUGCCGGGCCCGGGGCCGCGAGGUGCUCUGCCAGAGCCUGGAGGCCUACGCGGGGCUCUGCCGCGCCCGGGGGGUGUGCGUGGACUGGCGCAACGCCACCGGCGGGCAGUGCGACUUGUCCUGCCCUCCCUCCAAGGUGUACAAGCCAUGCGGCUCCUUGCAGCCCAAGUCCUGCAACUCCAGGAUCCAGAGCCCUGUGAGCCAGGGGCUGGCUGAAGGCUGCUUCUGCCCCGAGGGCCAGGUCCUCUUCAGCUCCGGCAUGGACAUCUGCGUGCCCGAGUGCCCCUGCGUGGGUCCCGAUGGGCUCCCCAGACACCCGGGAGAGCAGUGGGUCAGCAACUGUCAGGUCUGCAAGUGCGAGGCGAGCUCGGUGUCGGUGCAGUGCAAGCCGCUGCCCUGUGAAGCCAAGGACCUCCCGGUGCAGUGUAGGCAGGCUGGCUUUGUGGCCUUGACCAGGCACGAGGCCAACGACUCGUGCUGCCCCGAGACACUGUGUGUGUGCAACACGACCACCUGUCCCCAGAGCCCACUUCAGUGUGGGCCUGACCAGGAGCUGAUCAGAGUCCAGGAGGAGGGCAACUGCUGCCCCAGCUUCACCUGCAAACCUAAGCUGUGUGAAUACAAUGGCACGGUCUAUGGGGUCGGGGCCCGGUUCCCGGCCGUCGCUCCCUGCCACACCUGCACCUGCGUCUCCCGGGACGGCGCGGGCCCCGCCGUGCAGUGCGAGGAGGUGGCCUGCACCACCAGCUGCCCUGAGGGCUUCAAUUACUCCAGGGAGGCAGGGAAGUGCUGCGGGGUGUGCGUGCAAGCCGCCUGCCUCACCCCCAAGGGCCAGCCCGUGCAGCCCAACCAGACCUGGGUCCACAGACAGGUGAACAACUGCACCAAGUACCGCUGCCAGGAGGAGGGCGGUGUCUACAUGCUCAUCCCGCAGCCCAUGCACUGCCCCGACGUGUCCAGCUGCAGGGGGGUCCUCAGGAAAAGAGACUGCUGCUACUUCUGUGAGGAAGACCAUUCAUGUCACAUCCACACCAACACGACCAUCCUGCGGCACCGGGGCUGUGCGAGCGAGGCCACCAUCAGCGUCACCUUCUGCGAGGGCUUCUGUCCGGGGCUGUCCAAGUACUCGGCGGAGGCCCAGGGCAUCCAGCACGUUUGUCCCUGCUGCCAAGAAAGCAGGUCCCACCAGGAGACGGUGGCCUUGCGCUGCCCGGACGGCUCCACCUUCUCCUACACCUACGACCACGUGGACGAGUGUAGCUGCUCCGUGGACUGCAGCUCUCAGCCCGGGGCCCCCGGGGCCACCUACACUUAGGGGCCGCUGCCCCGGCCCUCGU